GCGGGAGGUAUUGUCCCUUACCCCGGCUCUCCGGCGUCGUCUUCUCACCUGGCCGCGGGCGCGUGCGGGUCGUGGCAGCUCGGAGCGGGGUCCCCGCCAGCCGCCGCCGCCAUGGUGUCCCCGGUCACUGUGGUGAAGAGUGAGGGACCCAAGCUGAUGCCCUUCUUCAAGGCCACCUGCGUGUACUUUGUGCUUUGGCUGCCCUCCUCCAGCCCAUCGUGGGUCAGUGCCCUCAUCAAGUGCCUGCCCAUCUUCUGCCUCUGGCUCUUCCUUCUGGCCCAUGGCCUUGGAUUCGUGCUGGCCCAUCCCAGUGCCACCCGCAUCUUUGUGGGCCUCAUCUUCUCUGCUCUAGGUGAUGCCUUUCUCAUCUGGCAGGACCAGGGCUACUUUGUGCACGGUCUGCUGAUGUUUGCUGUGACCCAUGUCCUCUACGCCUCAGCCUUUGGCAUGCGGCCACUGGCUCUUCGGACAGGUGUGGUGAUGGCAGUGCUGUCAGGCCUGUGCUAUGCUGUCCUCUACCCUGGUCUCUCGGGUGCCUUCACCUACCUGGUGGGAGCCUAUGUGGCCCUCAUCAGCUUUAUGGGCUGGCGAGCCAUAGCAGGGCUGCGACUGAUUGGGGCAGCAUGGCGCUGGACUGAGCUGGCAGCUGGCGGUGGUGCACUGCUGUUUAUCAUCUCUGAUCUGACCAUCGCCCUCAACAAGUUCUGCUUUCCUGUGCCCUACUCGCGGGCAGUCAUCAUGUCCACCUACUAUGCCGCCCAGAUGCUCAUUGCGUUGUCAGCCGUCGAGAGCCGGGAGCCGGUAGAAGACUACAGACUGAGCAAGGCCAACUGAGGCACCCAGGUCUACUCAUCCUAUUCUCCCAGGGGACUCUAGGAGCCUGCAGGAGCUGGACUAGGAUGGCUGCAAUGCCAGCCUGGGACAGCAGGUACCACCUUGAGGAACUUGCAAGUUUGAGUGGUAAGCCGAGAAAGGAUCUGCUGAGCAAAGCUAGUGGUGCAGGACCAUGGUGCAAGCUCAGAGUGAGCCUCGUGCCCUUUGCUGGAGCCAGAAGUAGUCCUCCCCUCACCUCUAUCCCAUCAGGACUCUCAAUGUCCUGGGAGGGUGCUGGUGCUUCUUAACUCCCUCUGGCCUUAGUGGAUGGAAGAGUCUGACUCCUUUUUGUAUGCCUAGCACCAAUGAAAAUGCCAGGUUCAUCCCUGCCUAGUUUUUCUGGUUUGUACAGUGAGAGAAAGAUGGAAGAAAUCUGUGCUGAGUAAGGCCAAGGGCUUGAGCCCCUUUCACAGGUCUCUAAGUGGGAAGAGUGGGUGAAGUGGAGUCUCCCUUUUCCUCAUCUAUCCCAGUUACUUGAACAAUCUCUGUCUAAGUGGUUGGAGGGGAAGGGUUGUCCGUCCAGGGUAGGCAGAAGAGGGAAUUUCUUUGGUCUGGGAUCUUAGGAUACCAAGGAUUCAAGUUGAUCCCAUCUUCUGACAGGCCAGGCCAGCGCGCAGGCCCCAUACCAACACCUUCAGACUUUAACCCUUGGGCUAGGGUGAACCAUGCCAAAGGAAGGGGCCAGCAUGUGUGCAUGUGUGCAUGCACGUGUGUGUGUGCACGUGUGUGUGUGUGUGUGUCCUGGUCUUCCUGUGUCUUUCUCUGCCAUGUCUCUGUCCUGCUGUCUGUCGCAGUCUCACAGGAAGCUGCUGAGGGGGUGCUGGACCUGGCUCCGAGAGCUGGUAUCCCUUUCCCCUUGCAUGCACUCCCAGUGCUUCCCUCUCUGUCCCUCCUGCACUGGGAGCAGGAGGAGGGAGUUCCAUGGACACUUUGGGUCUUGAGACCAGAGGCACAUUCAAUGCAAAGGGGAGCAAGGAUGGGGCCACUCAUCCUCUCCUUCUCAUGUGAAUAAAAAUAAAAAUUGA